GCUCCUGGAUGAGGCUCAGAGACGCCUGUACCACAGAGUGAUGCUGGAGAACUUGGCACUUGUGGCCUUGCUGGGUUGCUGGUGUGGAGUGGAGGAAACCCUCCUGAGCAGCAUGUCCUGUUCGGGCCCCACUAAGGCAGCUCCUUCCAACCAGAGGGCCAACCCCUGUGACAUAUGUGGUCUGGUCUUGCAAGACACCUUACACCUGGCUGAUCCCCAGGGCAUACGUCCAAGGCAGACAUUGUGUAAGUGGGAGGCACGUGGAAAGGACUGGCUCAGUGCAAAAUCUCGCCAGCAUCGGAAGCAGCACAGUGGAGAGAAAGCCUUCACGUGCAGGGAGUGUAGGGAGCAUGUCUGGGGCAGCCAUGACCUCUUCCAGCUCCAGGCCACCCACAGCGAGGGGAAGCCGCGCAGGAGCCCGCGGCACCGGGAGCCCUUCCUGCCCGGCUCCAGUCGCAAGCAGCAGCAGCAGGGAGUCCGCGCCACACGGAAGCCCUUCAAGUGCAGCGGCUGCAGGAAAGCCUUCCCGGAGGCCUUCGCGGUCCUCCACCACCCAGUGACUCCAAAGACGAACCCUUCAGGUGCCCAGUAGGUGGAAAUGCCCCCAAGGAGAACUUGACUCUUGUUAUCACCAGAAUCAUACUGGAGAAACAUCCCACGGCGUAUGGAACGCAGGAAGGCCUUCAGCCACCUGUUUCAACUGAGGAUGAAAGUUCAGGCUUGAAAAACUCACCACAGUUGCAAUGAAUGUGGGAAAGCGUCCAGCUGCAAACAUGCGCUCGGUCAGCUGUACGAGUGUAACAAAUGGGGAAAAGCUUCCACUGCAGCUCAGACCUCUGUAAGCACCAGAGGGGUCCCACUGGGAAAGGGCUCCGAGUGCACGGACACAGGAGCAUCCUCUGCCAGAGCCCCGCCCACGCAGCACCAGAGCGGUCCCACCAGAGGAGGGCCUCAGCAGUGCGGCACCAGGGAAGCACAAGCUGGAGCUCUCUCCUUGUUCCCCAUGAAAGGACUCACUCUGAGGCCACCUUUGUGGAAGGAACCUCUGUGAGGAAGCCAUCAGCCAAAAGUGGAAACUUGCACAUCCCAAUACCCCCACCAGCACAUUGCCCAUUGGUGCCUUAAACGGGGGGAAGCUUUCAGGGGCUACACUAACCUGUCCAGGUGCCAUCUCACCUCUGCCAGCUGGCAAGCCCUCAGAGCAAGUGCCUGUCACCACAACAUACUCAGGGAAGGCAGACCUGUGUCCUCUCAUUCCCUUCAGGGAGCCAUGAGUGAUGGGUGUCCUUUGGAGUGGCCUCAUAUUCCACCUCUCCGCUGUCCCCAGUGGUUCAGGCAUCCUGACCUGUUCUAGAAGGAUUUGGGGUCGGACCCCAUCCUCAGAGAUUUCCCUUCUUUGUAGGCUUUGUCGAGUCUGCAGAUGAUACCAGGACGGCAAGGAAUAGCUUGCUCUCAAGCUUAACCUAUUUGCCCUGUGGCCCAAGGCCGCCUGGGACAGACAAGAUCUCUGGGUCAAAUCUUGUGUCUGGAAGCCAGGACCGCCUGCUGGGCCCAGAGCUCUGGGAAGGGGGCAUUUGAUGUGGCACUCUGCAGUGCUUCCUGGGCAGCACUCCCGCGAUCCUGGUAACGCCCCAUGUUCCCAAGGAGUGUCGAGGGGUCACUGUCUCCUAGGACCUGCCCGUGACUAAGGCCCCUGAAGUCCAGAAUCGUAGGUAGGGGUCACUAGAUAUAAGGUCUGCAGGGGCCAGGUGGAAACAUAAAUGGGUGCAGAAACAGUGGGUUUGAGAUCAGCAGGUAGGGAGACUGGCAAAUGGAGGAGGUACAGGAGCUGCUGGGCCUGGGCCAUAUCAACCCACUCACAGUGACAUCACAUGGGGAGCUUGAAAUCAGUCAUGGUGGAACUUAACCACUAAAAAAUAGCAAGCAAUAGCUUUCUGCAAAAUAAAACCCUGAGAAAGACUGAUUUACAGGGUUUGCCAAAUUUGCUGGCAGCCACCUUGGGAGACUCAGCUCUGC